AUGUUUCGAAAACAAUUUAAACUUAAUGUUCGAGAAGAAAAUGCAUUUCGAGAUAUAUGUAUUUUUCUAAUUACGAUAUACGUAGAAGCAUGGUUUAAAUGCCCUUCUGCAAUUGAAGCACCUUAUAACGACUUCAUAUUUUUAAAAAAAUUAAUCGAAUACCCAGAUAAAGCUUUUUCUGAAACAGCUACACAUAAAUUUUGUGGACACUUAUGGUACCUUGCGCCGGAAAUUAUAGCCUUAUCAUUUUUUGAUUUUCGGGUGCCAACCGAAAUUAAAAUUAAAAUGGUGGAAGCACUUAAAUCAACCCAGAACAAUGAUGAUACAAUUAAAAAAAUUGUUUUGAGUAAAGAGGGUAUAAAAACAUUUAUAAAAAAAGAAUUACAUGAAUUUGUAUCACCAGAAACAGUCAACUUUUUUUCAAGAUUUAAAAUUUCAGCUGACUUCAUAGAUUUCCACCCGGAUAAUUGA